UAGUUGCCGUUGCACGAGUCUAUAAAUUAAAACCGUAUUUUUACGUGCCACUGUUUACGCUUUGGUGAGCGGGCUUAGCCUGAGAGAUUUCAACAUCUGCCCUGGCAAGUGCUUGGCUGAAUCUACCACCAGAUCGGAAUCGCGAUCCACUGACAUCCGGUAAGAAACUCGGUGGGCUGUGUUAUAAAAAAAUUAUUGCUUAGAUGGGUGGAUUAGCUCAAGGCCUAACUGUUACACAUUUAAGCUAAAAAGUCUAUCAGACUCUUUAUUUCAACUUGGACGUUAUGUAAUGUACUUAUUAAAUAUCAAAGUAAGAUUUUUUUUAUUUCUUAAAUCGCCCAAAUAACAAUAAAACUAAAUCCUAAUAGGUUUACGAAGGUCCACCUAGGUCAUGGGACUCUAUGGUCUUUAUUCCUAUGAAUAUAUUUUGUUUAUGAUUAAAAAUAUAUAAAUCACGUACAAACUUUUUUGAUACAAAAAGUAUAAACGAAAUCAGUAACCAAAUUCGAAAUUUCAAAAUUAUGUCGCGUCGUUAUUAUUUUAAUGGCGCAUUUUUUGAUGGGUGACAUAAUAAUAUACCUGACCUUAAAUAUAUUAUUGAGUGUGAUUUAAACACCAAAAAUGGGCAAGGAAACUCCAAAAUCCGACGCAAAAGGUAAAAGUGGAAAAAAUAAAGAUGAUGAAGGGAAAGGGAUUGUUGAUACAAUCAAGUCGUUUUUCCGUGGAAAAGACCCUAGAACUCCGGUUAAGGGCGUCGCACCUAGAAUUAAAAACGUGGUGCUGAUGCACUUUAGAGGAAUCUUUGGGAUGCUGGUACCGAUAUGUGCUUUAACGUGGCAGGGAAAAAAAGGAGUGAAUUCGAUCACAGUUCAAUGCAUGUGGCUUUGGAUGUUGUGGUUCUUUCUGCUGCAGCCAGUGGCCAUACCCGCAACUGGAUUGAUUCCAAUUUUCAUUCUACCAAUGGCUGGUGUUAUGCCCACUAUUGAGACUUGUGUCUGCUAUAUGAAUGAAAAUAUAGUGCUAUUUAUACUAACGGGAAUGUUGCUUUUAUUGCUCAACAAUUCGGGGGUGGAUCGUCGCAUAGCGCUUAAGCUUUUGUGUUCUGGAGACGCUUGUCAGUUUUCCGGUAAAAGAUUGGUAUUUAAAUGUAGCACAGCGGCUUUCUUCUUAUCCAUGUUUAGUAGCAGAUUGAUUACUUCAUCCAUGAUUACGCAAAUGGUAACGCCUGCUCUUAUGGAUUUACAGUCUGCAACAUCAAGAUAUAGAGACAGCGAGCCUGAUUAUGAUGAGAUGAGGUACAUCAUUAACAACGCCAUUCAAACCGCGUCAGCUAUCGGUAGCACGGCUAUCCUGCAUUCGGCGUAUGCUACACUUUGCUUUAAAGCAAUCUGGUGCCAGAGUGCACCAAAAGGAACGGAAUAUCCGGAUAUUUUCAAUUACAUGCAAUACUCUGCUUUUGCGUUUCCGGUUGCUCUGCUAAUUCACAUACUAAAUUUUGCAUACCACAUGAUGCUUAUCAAUAGGUUUGUGGGAAAGCCGAUGAGUUCGAACAGUAUGAAUGAACUACGAAAAUCUCUUUUGAAACAUAAAAGUUCAUUGCCACCAUCAGUUACAGUUCAUGAAAAGCUCACAGUAUUUUUUUCGAUUUUGGCUCUGAUAGUAUUUUUCUUCCGGUGGAGUAGCUUUCUCGAGCACAUGGGCUGGGCUGCUUUUAGUAAAGAAAAAGGGGCACCAGAAAUACCGGGCUUGAAAGACGCUACUGUUGCUGCCUUAUUUGUAAUUGCUUUACAUAUACUACCGAAAAGCUUUGGAUUUGUUAAGCUCUUAAUUGCUGAAAAGAGAAGUGAACUGCCACCGAACAAACCAGAAUCAGCCAUACUUUGGUGGCGAUUUGUCGAUAAAAAUUUGAACUACGGCUACAUGUUUCUCAUUGGGUCUGGUGUUGCUUUACAAGCAGCAAUUCAAGAUACUGGAUUAGACAAGAUUAUAGGUGCACAUUUUGGCAAAGCUUUUACGGGUCGAUCCUGGAAUACAUCAUUGUUCCUUGUAUGUUUAGUGACUGUCAUAUUUGCGAAUGUCAUGACUGGUGUAGCUGCCUGUGUUUCUUUUCUACCAUUUGUUUUGAGUAUGGCUGUUGAACCUAAGGCAAAGGUUUUCCGGAGCCAUCCAUGGCCGUCUAAGGUGUAUGUUGGUGCGCUAGGCGUUGGUGUUGGUUGUUCGUUUGGUUACAUGUUCCCUUUUAUGUAUACACCUGCUUACUUUUGUCACUACACUGGGAAAGUUCCAGUUAAAAAAAUGGCUAAAUAUUCUAUAGGUAGUGUUAUUAUCAGUCUGAUCGUGUUAUGGUUGGCAUUGGUCUAUUGGGCACCGUAUUUAUGGGAUCCCACUGACAAGGGUAUAACGCCUGUAGCCACGGCCACUGUUUCUCCAUCUGGAAAUGGAACUACCCACGCAGGAGCAGGACCAGCAGCAAAGCCGACACCACCUCCUCCGGGACCAGCAAAACCGCCAGCGAAGAAACCGUAAACGUUAUGAAAAACAAACGGACGGAAAAGGUUUUUUUUGUUGCAAUUUCAUUGUUCUUAUAUAUAAAGGACUGAUAGUUUAAACCAUUUAUUGAAUUUGUUCAAAGUCACAUAUUCAAUAUUUAAAUGCCCAUAAAACGUUUGUCAAAAAGCUACUUGCCCAUGUGAACUACUUUUUAUCAGUUAUUUCGUCAAUAUGUUCGAGAAGAACGGGAUAUUUAUUUUUAGUUUAACUGACAAGUUUCAUUUUGUAAUCGCAUUGUAACUAAGGUUUUAAAUAAAUAUUCAGUAUUACAAA